CUUCUUUCAUCCUCUCAUAACUAACAAUGGUGAGUCUCUGCUUGGACAUGAACGUUGGAGAAUUACACCGCUUUAUGAUUCACUUCUUAAUGUUGUUGUGUUGUAAUAUUCCUUUUAUUUAUGACUCCAUCAGGCUGAUGUUGAACUGGAGAGGUGAGUCCAAACCACCGAGACAUGUUAUUGUAGAAAUGUAUAUCUUCAGAUUAUUAUAGAGGUUUAUCUUCAAGAGAAACUAAAUGUGAAGAAAAUGAAAUGGGUGAGAAUCGUAUUAUCUAAAGUAUGUUUGAAUGUAGUAUUUAGAAUAGAAUAUAAAGUAUUUAUUGUCAUUAUACACAUGUGCAGUACCAGUGUAACGAGAUUAAAGUAACCUCUCUAAAGGGUCAACACGAAGGCAUUUAACAUUUAUGUAUUUAGAUAUAUGUAUCUACUGUAUGUUUGAUAUACUUAACCAGGUUAUCGCUGCAUUCUGCUUUUUAAUUCUCCAUUUUCAUGUUUAUUAUUUUAGAGAAGAAGAUUUACUGGAGGAGGCAGAGCCUUUCUGCUUUAAUGCUUUCAUGAUUAUCACUGAGAUGGUUUCAAGGAAUAGAGAAGUAAAUGAGACCCAGCAGAGAGAUGCUACGAUAUUAGUGGACGAGGUUCUUCACAGUAUCUUUGUCUUGGGAAAGAUCCACACGCCGCCAUUUUCCCCAGAAGAGAUUCUGAGUGAUGCUGAAAUUCUAAGUGCAUUUAGGAUCCAAUACCCUCGACCUUUUGCCCUCUAUUCCUCUGAGUUACCCCGGCGGAGUCCAUUUUCAUGUGUGCUCGACAUGGUUGUCGAGCAGAAGGGACGAGACAACGAAAGAGAAAUUAGAGAGGAGCUACAAGAGCUUGUCGGCAGACUGGUGAAGAGUGGUACCAUCAGGCCUCUGGUCUCCAAAGCCCUCAGUGUCUCUCAGAGUGAAAGCAACGGUCCAGUCAGGUACUACGGAGUCUCCAUGUCCGCUUAUGAUGAAGCAAAGACAAUCCUGAUUGGUGCUUCCUGUCUCAGCAGCUGGGACAGAUAUGUAGCUGAUGCAGUGAUGACCUUCUAUCCAGAGCAAAGUGAUAACUCUUUAGAUCCAUAUGAUUGGCCAUUUGUCAGAAAGCCAUACUUCGAUGGAACCUUCAGAGUUCCUGAGCAGGUCUGGUGUCAAACCUUUGAUCUCUAUAAUGGAAGAAUAAUGGAUCCCUGUUUUUCAUGUCAUCAGUUAUUCGGUUUGACAACAACUAGAGAAAGGGUAUUCUCCCAUGGCAACUGUUCUGAAGCAGAAAGUCUGAGCAACUUGUUUCAGGGUGAUGCAGCAGUUAGAGCCCAAAUACAAAGACCACCUGGUGGCGACAGAGCGAGGGCUGAAACAAGCGUCCGUGAUGCGCUCAGAUGUUUUGUGCAGGACUUUGACGGAUUUACUGAAUGGGAAGCUCGUUUCUACACCCCACAGGAAGUCAGAUUUUAAAAAGAAGAAAGAGUGAA